AGCCUGUUAAGAUUCCUUAUGAAUCUUAACCUUUUGGAUAAAUCUGCCAGAUGUGAGUUUCUUCCUAGAGUGAACUGACCUGGACGCACAGCAUGCACAACAGCAGCGCUGCAGCUCUGCAAACGACUGGAACAUGUAACGAGACCGUGUCCCCACAGCCAUCGAGCUCGGAGUUUUCGCUGGGUGUGUUGGUGCUCCUGGCUGUCCUUAUGGUGUUGCUAGCUCUGAUCACAGUCCUUGGGAACGCCUUGGUGAUCCUUGCUUUCAUAACGGACAGAAACCUCAGGCAUCGGAGCAAUUAUUUCUUUCUCAAUCUUGCUAUUUCUGACUUUGCAGUGGGUGCUUUUUGUAUACCUUUGUACAUCCCUUAUGGCCUGACAGGGAAGUGGCACUUGGGAAGAAGCCUGUGCAAACUCUGGCUAGUUAUGGACUAUCUUGUGUGCACAGCUUCAGUGUUUAAUAUUGUCCUUAUCAGCUAUGACCGUUUCCUGUCAGUUACAAAAGCUGUAUCUUACAGAGUCCAGCAGGGAGCGGCCUCCAACCCUGUUGUGAAGAUGGUGGCCAUCUGGGUCUUGGCCUUCCUCCUCUACUGCCCGACGGUUCUCUUCUGGGAGCGUGUGGCCGGCUACAGCGUGGUCGCGGAGGAGCAGUGCCAUGCUGAGUUCUUCAGCAACUGGUACUUCCUCCUGUGUGCCUCCACCUUGGAGUUCUUUGUGCCGCUGCUCUUGGUGAGCUAUUUCAACGUGCACAUCUUCCAGAAUAUCCAGAAGCGCCAGAGACAUGGCAGCAUGCAGGAGGGUGAACCUCCGAAGAGCAGCAGCCUGUCUUGGAGAACUUGCCUCUUGCCAAGGCAAGGAGUGUCGUCUUCAGGAGCAGAGGACAGUGUUUCUUCCUCUAUGAGGCCAAAGAAAGUGUCUUUAACUGAAAGCUCACCUCCAUCCAGAGGCAAUUCUGUAACCCCAGAGAAUGAUCUUUCUGCUUCUUUCCAUGCAAAGACCAGCUCAAAACUGCAGCAGGACAAGAAAAUUGCGAAGUCGCUUGCCAUAAUUGUGUGCGUCUUUGCCGUCUGCUGGGCCCCGUAUACGUUACUAAUGAUUAUUCGUGGAGCCUGCCAAGGAACGUGUGUCCAUAACUCCUUGUAUGAAAUUACCUUUUGGCUUUUGUGGCUCAAUUCUGCUUUGAACCCAUUUCUCUACCCUCUCUGUCACAUGAAGUUUCGAAUGGCUUUCAUGAAAAUAUUAUGUCCCAAAAAGCUUUCAACAUUGAGAUCACGUAACACGCCUUCUUUUUAGAGAGUUAAAGCAAAUGACUUACAGAUAAGGUUCCUCUCUUAUUUAGUGCUAAUUUUUUAUAUCUUCAACAGAAAUACAGGAAAAGCUCUUGUUCACUGAUGGUAUUGGUUGAGAGUGCAGUAGAGGCAUGUACUUGCCCUGAUUUUUUUUGUUUUUGCUGGUAUUGUGCCAAGAUAAACACCAUCUAGUGCAAAGAAAAGUAGAACAACGUUUUGCUGACUGUACUUUUGGGGUUGUUUGUGGGUUCGAAAUGCUUUUUUUUUUUUUUUUUUCUUACUUUUUAUGUAAAAGUGGGACAAAGAAAGAACUUUUAUAGAUAUCUGCAUAAUGUUCACUGAGGGAGAUAUGUUUGUGUACGUAUGUAAGACCCUCUCCCCGGCCUCGUAGGCCUUCGAUGCCCACGGUGAGGAAUAUGCAAGUGAUUUGAUGGUCUGAUCUAACAUUAUCUGUCCGUACUUGGUUUUGCAGGACACAAUACACGUAAGUUUGUACUUUAGAACCAUUUUCAGAAUGUUUCCAUUAUUAUGAAAGUUUAAGAUUAGUUUUGGAAAUUGGCACAAGCGUAUAUAGUUGUUACUCUUUAUACCAGUACUGGUUUUCUUCUGACAGCUGCUGCCUCUUUGAUCAUGCUUACGUGAUCUUUAGUAACAGAUCUGUGCGCUAUUUGAUUACGUAAAAGAUAGGCCAGGCUUGGGUAAAUGAUCGCAUGCCUGAUGAAUUAGCAGAGCAAGCAAUACAAAGUUCAUGCUGGAUUUAUGCUUUUGGCUGACUGUGAGAGGAUAGACAAUGCUCUACCUGGCAUACAGCCUGCUAGUGCAAAGAUGUUUCAUCCAAAUGCCUGGAACAAAUUUGAACUGACAGAGUAAUUUUUAUCCUAGAUCAGUUCUUUGUCGUGUUAUUGUGACAUUUUACAGAUUUUUCUCUGUCACUGAACCACUGUCAGCUUUGAUUUUUCUCUAUCACUGGACAAGGGCCAUAUUCGCUGUUGGAGAUUGGGAUUCACAGAGGUCUGUCUGAAAGCUGACCGCGGAUGUCUCUUAAGCAGCCGUUUAGAAACAAUGAGGGCAAAUACGCAGCACUGAAAGGAGUAGGUAGAUGUGCUGGAGAGGGCAAUGGAGCUUGGUUAUAUCCUUUUCACCCGCCAUAAUUUCUUGCUUGGUGUUGGAUGUUGCAACUCAUCCAGAAGGUUUUCAUGGGUGGGUAAGUGAGAGUCACCAGUUAAUUUUUUUUCCUCUCCAUUUAUAUAAUUUCCUUCCCUCUUUGUAUGUAUGUAUGAAAUAUAGAAAGAUAAACCAAUCUAAUGCACAGAAUAAUGAACAGUAAUAGUCAAUUUGCAAAGUCUUAUUUGAAAUACAAAUCUAAUUUGAAAUUGGCUGUUGAAGUGUUGCAAAAGCAGAGUAUUUCUUUGUAAGCACAAUUCAAAUGCAUGUAAACAGUUUGAUCAUAGCACAAAAGUUAAUGACUUUGAGAAACUAAAAUGCCAUUCUGUUUAAAGGUGUGUAACUGAAAACGUCUUUUGCCAUUAUUUUUCACCAUUCUUGUUAUGCUUUCUUGCCUCACGUGGAUAGUGUUAAGCAUUGUGAACCUGAUUGCUGAGAGGUGUACAGUUUUAGGAGGCCAUUGAUUCAGCACAGCUAUUUUCUUUGUCAUGAGUUAAGGAGCUGGCAUAGAUUUUUUUUCAUUUUGUUUUUCUGUAUUGCUUAAAAAAAAAAAACAUUUAGAACAUUUAUAGAAUAGCUGGUGUACUAAGUAAACAUCUGUUGAACAGAGAAACUGUAGGUAAGCCCAACUGGGAAAGUAUUUGAUUAUCUGCUUUUCUAUCCCUAUGCUUUUAGCAUAAAAAUUCUGAUAUAAGAGAAAUGCUUGCAUUUUGUGAAUAAAGAAUGGGUUGAUUACUUUGGAA